GGGUAAACCAUUUCACUCCUCUUCGCCACACUGUGUAACAGGCAACGGGAGAAAAAGCUCCCCGAGUGCUGCUGGAAGUUGAUGGCUAUGUGUGAUGCUCAGACCUCAACAUCGUUUUUCAAUCAGAGUUUUUAAGAUCUGCUUAUGCCAAUGGUUUUACCACACGUAGAAUGGGAUUAACUUGGUCCGGCAAAUAUAUCUCACUGUUUCUUGCUGUUCAGUUAGUUUAUCUGCUACAUGCGGUGAGAGCAACGGGGAAAUGUGAUACAGUAUUCAAAGGGUUCUCCAAUUGCUUGCUGAGACUGGGGGAGAAUAUGGCUAACUAUCCACAGGAGCUGGAUGAGAAGGAAAAUCUACAGACCAUCUGCACAUAUUGGGAUGACUUCCACUCAUGUGCGACCACUGCGCUGGUGGAUUGCCAAGAGGGAGCCACAGACCUAUGGGAGAAGCUCAAAAAGGAGUCCAGAAACUUAGAGUUCCGAGGGAGCUUGUUUGAACUCUGUGGCGGGGGGAACGGGGCCUCCAAAUCCACAGUCGCUUUAGGUCUCAUCAUACUUCUAACGGCACUUUCCGCCUUAGUGACUUGGCUUGRAUUUUAGCAAAAACAAACAAAGAAGAAGAUAAAAGGAAAAAAAAUGCUAGCUAUUGACACAAAAAUACAAAACAAAAGAGACGUUUGAAUUCAUUUACACCCAAAUGGAUUAUACUUCAUCCGGGGAAGGCGACCUGAUUUUGCUAGAGACAUUGGCGGGUCGUCUUCCGGGACUGGUGCACCAUAUUUGUCUGACCUGGGGUCAAUUACAUUACAUAUUUAGCAGGUAUUGAGUUUAAAUUAUGAUGACAUUUAGAUGGAUCCUCGCCCGGUUACUAUUAAAGUCGACGAUGAAUUAUUAAUAUUAGUAGCCUAGGUUUUGACAUCUGUUAUUUCAGGUGAUUGCAAGCUGCUCAUACUCUGUAGGCUAAUGCGAGGCGCGCUUAGCCCAACGAAAUCUCCAGAUCGGUCUCCAAUAUUCACCAUUUAGAUAUGUUAUUUACUUUACUUUGCGAAAUGUAUCAUGUCGAGCCAAGUAUAAAUGGAAAGGGUUGUUUGAGGAUAUGAUGUUUCUACUUUCACACGAUGCUAAUAGCCUAACUAUCACCCUAGAAAAAAAUACAUGUAAAAUAGCAUAGUAAUACGAAUGAAAAAAAGAGUACUCCGGAACGACUACAAGCAUUCAAUGGUAGUUUGGUUAUUACGUGAAAAGUAGCGUAUGCCAAUACAAAACAAAGUUGGUCAAUGUAGAGAACGAAAACAGUGGCUGGAGAGUGAUAUGACUGUUGCCAUUAUGUUGGCGCUUUACUCAUCAAUUUACGAACAAAUAUAAGUUACCUGUGGGGUAUAGUGUAAAAGAAACCAUACUUCCCCAAAGUAGGCUACAGUAGCACGAGAACACAGAACGCGAAAUCAAUAGCUGGACGAAAGGAAAUUAAGCUAGCUUUAUUUGAUGUUGCAUAGACCACUUUUUACUGCCUUCAAAAUAUGUGUAUUAUGUUUGUUUGUUUUUGGGGAUGUUGCAUAUAAUACCUGACUAUUUCAAAUCAUGUAAGUAAAUAAGAGACUAUGUAUAUCAAAGGAAUUUUGAAAGGAUAUAUACUAAUACUUUAUCCCAAACAUUUAAAAAAAUAGAUAGAUUAUUAUAUAAAAAAUCUGAUUGCUAAAAGUACGAAGAAUAUUAAAUAAAACAGUUCAUGUUUGAAAAUAAUUGUGUGGUUCAGAUUUUAACAUGUUACUAUUUGUAGUUUUGUUCCAAAAUGUGUAGCCUACAUUAUGCUGCCAAAAUGUGUACAUUGGUACUGUGUAAAACAGCAUAGCUGAUUUUGACCUAGCUCAAUGAUGUUGACAGGUGUUUUUGGCAACAAGAUAUUUGGAUGUUGGGUUCAUUCAUGGCUUUGAAGCAAACGAGAUGAAGCAGUCAAUCAUUUACUAUUCAKUCGAACACACACACUGAGUCUCUUCAUUGAUUUAGGGAGAGAAAGCAGAAGGCCAUAUUGCUGUUUGUCUUUCUGGGCAAAAACGUAAAAUCUCAAAGCGACUGGCGAAUGUGGCUAUGAAAAACAGAAACUGUCUAGGAAAAAUAGAAACAUUGAAACAGGCUACAGUAUUUAGAAGAAAAAUACUUAUUUAAAUAUGUCCAAUAAAGUAUCCUAAUGUGCAAAAGAUGAAUUGAAAUCGAGAUUAGGAGUGGCAGGCGACAGGCGUUUGCGUUGCAUGAACCUUAACGAUUAAUAAAAAAAUAUGUCCCUAAGGAAUGAACGUUGUGGGCUUCAGCACGUGAUUAUUUUUAUAUUUAGGUCUAUGUUAAAAUGUGGUAAAGCAAUAUGAAAUAUAUAUAUAUAUUUUUUUUACUAAUAUUGCUCACACAUUUCGUCAAUCAGAAGCUCAUUGGUAUUUCCUUUCCCCAAUGGAAUACACAUUUGAUUUCAAAAGCAUGCAUUAAUAUGGAUGAAAGCUGUAUGAAUGACUGUCUCUCCUUCCAAGAAGAGAAAGAAACCUACAAACCUGCCUCUAUUUUUCAUUUAUUUUAUUUUAGCAAAAUUAUGAAUUUGCAUGCAGUUUUUGUAGAUUAUAUAUUUGUUAUCGGUAGGGCCUAUAACUACACGCCUAUUACGUCAUAUCCCCCCCUCGAAAUAACAGAAAAUGCGUUUAGCCUAUUUCCAUUUUUUCUACAGGAGAAUAGCAUAAUUAUAAAAAUUCAAGCUUUAACAGAAAUAUUUGACCAGCUUUUAUCGCCUCCGUGAGAUAUCCUCUUGAACUCCUCAUUAAAAAUGUAUGCUACUCCGGAGGUUCCAGCUAGUUCUAUUCAAAGCAUAAUCUCGAAGGGGUUAAUUAAGGCGCCACCUGUUAUAGCCUAUACUGUGACCUAUAACGAGCCCUACGUUUUGCCAUUUCCUGUGAUAGUAAUAUUACUAUAAUAACGAAAACCUUAGAUAAAUUAUAAAUGCGAACAAUCACAAUUUGAAUGCUACAAUAAUCAUAGCCUCAUAUCUUUCUUCAAACGAAGCAUGAUACCUUAUUUGGUUUAAAAGAAAGAUGGCAUUGUUUUUGCAUAGAAUAAUUGAAGUAGGCUAAUAUCACUCUGACACGUUUUCGUUAUUAAAGUUUUUAACAGCGUGACAGAAAGUGUGACUAUACAUACAUACUAUAUAAAUUCAAACUACAGUAGACUGAUCAAAAUGUAAAAAACUAUACAAAAAUAAUGUCCAACUGUGAUUAGCCUAUCUUACAGUACAUGGCAUAUGAUAUGUACAUAACAGAAUUAGCCUAUAGGCCGAUAUGAUUUUAUCAAAGCACAUACUUCUCUAAACAUGUUUCUAUUCAAGUGUUUAAUGAUACUGUUGUCUCUUUAGCUAUUUCAUAUCAGGUUGUGAGCCAUGUGAAAUCAGGAUACUAAGUAACCAGCUAUUCCUAUUUGAACCCUGGGAUUUCCUGCAAAAGAAACUGAAGAUAGCUGCUGCAUUCCACACACAAGCUCAAAAAGAAAACCUGCCAAAAAGACAUGAAAGAUUAACAAGGGAAAAAUGUCAAGGCAUGCCAAAAAAAGAUACAAAAUAAGCUAUUUAUGUUUUCCAAAGUAACAGUAUCAGAAUAGAAUGCAGAGUUAGGCAUUUUGAAGAGCAAGAGGACAAAUUGCCCUUUUGGACACUUCAGCAAACGAUUACAUAUUUCAAGUUGGUUUUUCACCUUUCAAGGWCUCCUCUUACAAAGAGAGCCCUCUUACUGUAUCAAUGUAUGGUAUUGAGGUCAAAUUGGCCUAGGAUCUUGCUUGAUUGCUAUGAGUUAUAUUGAUGUACUCAGUAAACGAUUCCUCUAGAGUGUACUGU